CAGCAACAUUGAUGAUCUUAAGAAUUCGAUUAACGUCCGAAUAAAGCAUACUUCUUUCAUUUUCGGAAUCAGAUUGAAAUAUAAAGCUUUGGUUUUUGUGCGGUCACAUGGCUUCUUUAGAUUACUGGCUGGCUUGAUCAAAUCACGUACUAGCUAGUGGAUCACUUUUUCCCAGAAGGUUUUUGUUCGUUGCUUGGUAUUACCUCUUCUUCUUCUUCUUGAUGAAGGCCGCGUGAAUAGAGCGCACACAAAGUGUUCGUCGAAAUGCUCCAACCAUGGUCUCUAUCAACUCCGGCCCCAUUUCAUCUUUUGUUUCUCGCUAUUCGAUGAUUGAUUCCGAUACCCUUUUGCAUCUUUCUUCUUUUGGUUCAACUUUUAAUCCCAAUUAUAAGGCCAAAGCUUGCAUACGUUUUGCAAGAAAAGUUUGUGGGUCUACUGUUCUAGGGUUUCUUGAGGUGAAGCCGAGGAAGAAAAGUUGUUGUUCUCGUUGUAAUGGGGUUUCGAGGAUGUGUAAUAAGCGUAAUUUGGGUUGGGAUAGCGAGGGAAGUAAGGAUCUUGAAACCGAGAUUUUGGAGUUUAUGAAGAAUUCGGAGAAACCUGGGAUGUUUCCGAGUAAGAAGGAUUUGAUUCGUUCUGGAAGAUUUGAUCUUGUGGAGAGAAUUGUAAACCAAGGUGGAUGGCUUUCUAUGGGAUGGGAUUUGGAUGAACAAGAAGAGAAGGUCCGAGUAAAUGAGAACGUGACGCCACAGGAUUUACAUAUCGAGAAACAGCUUCCUAAUUGUAAUUCUCCAGAAAUGGAUAAAACUUUGAAUCAUGGAGAUCUUGAUCUUUCCUCAAAUCUUUCAUCUUCGACAGAACAAGUGGAAUCUAGAAACGAUAGUGGAAUUGAAGGCAUUUUGACCAGAUUGGAGAAAGAAAGGAAUUUGAGUCUAGGGAUUAGCGUGAGGGAGAAUGGGAAAAGCAAUGGUGCCAUGCAUGAUAUCUCCCCAAAUGGUUCAGUUCCUUGGUCUUCCAGGAUUGUGACAGCUAGUGAAAUUCAAGAAGUCGACGGCAGUAGAGGCUCAGGUGAAUAUGCACAAAGUAGGUAUCAAGGAGCCAAGUCGGUUUCAGGAAAGCCAGGCUUAAGCGAUUCACCUACGUCAGAAACAUGGAGGACGUGGAGUAUGAGAAGAGCUGGAUUUACUGAUGAAGAUUUUGAAGCUGCUGAAAUUUCCUCCAGUGGUUUGACUGGUGUGAAGAAAGAUGAUACGAAGAAGGAUUCUGGUGAUAGCAUGAAUGGGAAAGAUAGAAUUGCAUCUUCCUCAGAAGAUGUAAAUAAAACUCAUAUCAAACACCGUCUUCAACAGCUCCAGUCAGAACUUUCUUCUGUUCUUCACUCCCUUAGAUCUCCUCCUGAUAAAGUUGUGACAAGUAAGGAUAGUGAGACAACUGCUGGGAACUUGGAGAACCUCUCUGAUGAUUGGGAGUACAAAGAGAAUGAGAUCAUACAUGCCCAAAAUAAGUUGCGGUCUACACGAGCAAAGUUGGCUGUUCUUGAAGGAAAAAUGGCUAUGGCUAUAAUAGAUGCACAGAGGAUUGUACGGGAGAAACAGAGAAGAAUAGAUCAUGCUAGUAGAGCUUUACGAUUACUUCGAACUGCAUCCAUAGUGUGGCCUAAUUCAGCCUCAGAAGUUCUAUUAACGGGUUCAUUUGACGGUUGGUCUACCCAGAGGAAGAUGAAGAAAGCUGAGAACGGAGUCUUCUCUUUGUCUCUAAAGCUAUAUCCUGGAAAAUAUGAGAUAAAGUUUAUAGUUGAUGGCCAGUGGAAAGUUGACCCGCUUCGACCCAUUGUUACUAGUGGUGGAUAUGAAAACAAUCUGCUAAUCAUCUCUUGAGGUCAAAGGCAACAAUAUUUCUGAACUAAUCCCACCAUCGAUGUAGCAUGAGCUGAAUCAGUAGGGUUUUAGUUUUUCUUUAGGAAUUUCACUUUCAUGUAGGGUAAGGUAGGCAAGUAAGCAGUAGUACUAGGUUUUAUCUUGACAAAACAAGAAAGUAAGAAUGAUCUGUAUAUUGUACUAUACGACCACUGUGGUCCUCUGACAAGAGUCACAAGAGGCAUGUAAACAAUUGGCUUAUUGCAUUGUACAAUUUUACACAUUAAGAUGGCUAUGACGAGGUUGGU